AUGAUUCCGGUCACAGAAUUGCGCUACUUUGCCGAUACCCAGCCAGCGUACCGCAUCCUAAAGCCGUGGUGGGACGUUUUUACAGACUAUAUCUCCAUUGUGAUGCUGAUGAUUGCGGUAUUUGGUGGGACGCUGCAAGUCACCCAGGACAAAAUGAUUUGCUUGCCUUGCAAAUGGGUCACCAAAGACGCUUGCAACGAUUCCUCCAGGGACUGGCCAACUGCAAGCCUGGACACAAGUUAUUUUAACUCCUCUUUGGUGGCAGCCAUGGAGCCAGGGCCAACGGGGAUCAAAUAUGAACUUGACAGGCACCAGUACAAUUACGUGGAUGCUGUGUGCUAUGAAAACUGCCUUCAUUGGUUUGCCAAGUAUUUCCCUUACUUGGUGCUAAUGCAUACACUGAUCUUCUUGGCUUGCAGUAACUUCUGGUUCAAGUUCCCACGGACCAGCUCUAAGCUGGAGCAUUUUGUCUCCAUCCUACUCAAGUGUUUUGACUCCCCAUGGACCACAAGGGCCCUCUCUGAGACCGUGGUGGAGGAGAGUGACCCCAAGCCCACCUUCGGGAAGAUGAAUGGCUCCAUGGACAAGAAGUCUUCCACAGUUAGUGAGGAUGUGGAAGCCACGGCCCCGAUGCUACAGCGGACAAAAUCUCGGAUUGAGCAAGGAAUUGUGGACCGGACAGAGAACGGUGUCCUGGACAAGAAGGAAGGCGAGCAAGCCAAGGCACUCUUUGAGAAAGUCAAGAAGUUCCGGACACAUGUGGAGGAAGGAGACAUUGUCUACCGCCUCUACAUGAGGCAAACCAUCAUCAAGGUGAUCAAGUUCAUCCUCAUAAUUUGCUACACCGUCUAUUAUGUCAGCAACAUCGCCUUUGAUGUGGACUGUAAGGUGGACAUUGAGAGCCUGACAGGCUACCGUAUGUACCGUUGUGCUCAUCCUCUUGCCACCCUCUUCAAAAUCUUGGCGUCUUUCUACAUCAGCUUGGUGAUCUUCUAUGGCUUGAUCUGCAUGUACACCCUCUGGUGGAUGCUCCGGCGGUCCCUCAAGAAGUACUCCUUUGAGUCCAUCCGGGAGGAGAGCAGCUACAGUGACAUCCCUGAUGUGAAAAAUGACUUUGCCUUCAUGCUACACCUCAUCGACCAGUAUGACCCCCUCUACUCCAAACGCUUUGCUGUUUUCCUCUCCGAAGUGAGUGAGAACAAACUCCGGCAACUGAACCUCAACAAUGAAUGGACCUUGGAGAAGCUGCGCCAGAGGAUCACCAAAAACUCUCAGGAGAAGCUGGAGUUGCACCUCUUCAUGCUUAGUGGCAUCCCAGACACCGUCUUUGACCUCCUUGAACUGGAGGUCCUGAAGCUAGAGCUCAUCCCUGAUGUCACCAUCCCACCAAGCAUCGCUCAGCUCACCAGCCUCAAGGAACUGUGGCUGUACCAUACAGCGGCCAAGAUAGAGGCCCCGGCCCUUGCCUUCUUGAGGGAGAACUUGAAGUCCUUGCACAUCAAGUUCACGGACAUCAAGGAGAUCCCUCUUUGGAUUUACAGCUUGAAGACUCUUGAAGAACUCCACCUGACUGGGAACUUAAGUGCUGAGAACAACCGGUACAUUGUAAUUGAUGGCUUGAGGGAGUUGAAGAGGCUCAAGGUCCUGAGGCUGAAGAGCAACCUGACAAAGCUUCCCCAGGUGGUGACAGAUGUCGGGGUGCACCUCCAGAAGCUCUCCAUCAACAAUGAGGGCACCAAGCUCAUCGUCCUCAAUAGCCUCAAGAAGAUGGUUAACCUAACAGAGCUGGAGCUGAUCCGCUGCGACUUGGAGCGCAUCCCCCACUCCAUCUUCAGCCUCCAGAACCUCCAGGAGAUUGACCUCAAGGACAACAACCUCAAAACCGUUGAGGAAAUCAUUAGCUUCCAGCACUUGCACCGCCUCACUUGCCUUAAGCUGUGGUACAACCACAUUGCCUACAUCCCCAUGCAGAUCGGCAACCUCACCAACCUGGAGCGCCUUUACCUGAACCGCAACAAGAUUGAGAAGAUCCCCACCCAGCUCUUCUACUGCCGGAAGCUUCGGUAUUUAGAUCUCAGCCACAACCUCUUGACUUCGAUACCAGCAGACAUCAGGCUGUUGCAAAAUCUGCAGAACCUGGCUGUCACAGCUAACAGGGUAAGAGAAGGGGAUUGAAUGUGGUGCGGGGGGCACAGAAGAUAUUUGGGCUGGGAGUGGUCUCCCAAUAUCUUUUGUACAGGGCAGGCCCUACCAUAGGCAAGGUGAGGCGACUGCCUCAGGUGGCAGAUGAUGUUGGGCGGUGGCAGUGGCAGUGGCAGCCUCCUGGCUGUUCCUCCCUACUGAAGGGCAGAGCUGUGUUAGCUACAUGGCGUAAGUUUGCUUCUCUAGGCUACAACUAGGCUACAACAGGUGGGUUAUGGCAGAGUCAUUUCUGCCAUGUUAGAUUCUAGUUAAGAUUGACUAGACCAAAGGAGCUCUGCAUGCAUGGAUUGGGCUAGGGCGCAUUCUUCUGAUGGUUGUUCUGAACAAGCUGCCAAUUAGGGAGGACUGCCUUGAACUUACAUAGGGAUUUCAAACACACCACACCAAGGGUCAAAAAACUUCAAAACAUCUACAUUCUACAUUCUACAUACAUCAAGAAAGGUUACCGGUUAUUAUGGGACGUAAGCAUGCAUUGCUCCAUACUGAUAGCAACUUCCCAAGUUUCCCAAGCCAUUUGGCCUCAACUAUCAUACUUUUAAAAUUUUACUUGUUUGUUUGCUUCCUUGAUUUAUUAAAUUUGUAUACUGUUGUAAACAAAAAUUGCCCAUUUCCCUUAUGGGGUAUUCAAGAGCCCAUAUAGAGUCCUUACAUAGGUUCCCUAUUGGUAGGAGAGAAUAACAGAGGCCAACCAGAGAAUAUUGAGAAGCAAAGCAGCUAGUAAGCGUGAUCUUUAUUGAUCUGUUGCAACAGGGUGCUCCCCUCACCCGCAGGAGAGAGGAGGAACCCCAAAAAAUGGCACGCAAGGCUUAAAAAGACUUUUGAAAUUCCCACCCUGUAGAUCAAGACCAACCCCAGAAACAUCAUACAUACUUCACAGAAGGGGUGCAACCUAAGACCACCCCCCGGAUACACCAUAACUACAUCACAGAAAAGGCGGUCUAAACAGAAAUUUGAAUGUUGUUUUUCUCCUGUCGUUGUUUAUCUCCUGUCUGGCAGGUUACUUGAUUGGAUUGCCUGGGUAGCCUGGCCAGUCUUUUGUAAUGAUAAAUACUUAGUUCCUGGGCCAUGUCACAGGCUCACACCCUAUUCAAACACAGACAUACCCUUAAGACAGGAUUUGUGAAGGAAAAGACAAUGGGGAAGCUUUUCCAUUUUCUUUUGACCUUGCAGAGAAAACAUUUGGUCACUUUGAGACAGUUUGGGAAUCAAAAUGGUUCCAGGUCGGUCUUCCUGUGCUGAUCUAUGUAUGUGCUUGGUUGGUACACUUAUGAACAUUUAACAUAUAUCUAAGACCUCAAAAUUCCUAUCACAAUACCACCCUAUACCUGUAGAUCUCAGGGCGGUUCACAACAUAAAAUUACAGUAUAAAAAUCACAAAACACACAAUAAAAAUAACAGAAACAAACCAAUACGCUCCCCCUUCCACAGCACAUUUAAAUGGGCAUCCGAUGACAAUCAGCCAAAGAGGUUAAAGAACCUUUUUUGUCUGGUGCCUAAAUGAAAGCGCCAGCGAACCUCCCUGGGGAGAGCAUUCCACAAAUGGAGAGCAACUACAGAAAAGGCCCAUUCUUGUGGUGCCACUCUCCAGACCUCUCCAGGAGCUUCAAGGAGAUGCUGAAUUUACACCCUAGUGUUAACAUUAAGAAAACAUCCUGGCUGGCCAUUUGUGCCACUUUUAGGAUCAGAAAAGAUUACAUGUUUAUAUCUUGGAAAGGAAAGCAUGAGGGUUGCAAAAUGCAGGCACGCAGGAAUUAUUCAUUUGAUGCAUUCUGUCUAAAAGUUAAAUGCAAUUAACAUUGAAACAAAAGCAAAAUCUGUAUCUAAUGUCUAAUCAAAUUUCUACAUCAACAUCAAUGGACAGGGCACGUUUUUUGGUCCUGUCUCCUCUGUCAUCUUCUGCACCAUCACCCCAACCAUGUCGACAUGAAACUUUCCUGACUGAAUCGGCUGUUGACGGCUUGAUUUCUUCCGUAAUUGUUGCAGUAGCAAAGACCUGUUUUUUGUUCUUCUGAUUGACUGUUCCGCACACAGGCACUGUGUACCCUUUGGGUGUGGACUUGCUUGUGGAGCUUAAAAUACAAAGCGGAGGAAUGCUACUUACAGGGGGGUGCAACAUGACCAUUCAUUCUUGGAGUAUUUGCCUAUCACUGAGCCAUUAUUAUCAGUAUUUGCCCAGCACUCAACCAUUGUUUUCACAGUAUUUGCCUAUCACUGCAGAAGCCAAAUGCUGUGCUUUGAUGAACCUACUGGGCCCCGGGGGCUUACCCUAAAUAGUGUAUGAUUUAUCAGAGCAGCUCUGCCGCUAGACUGCUGUGCUUCCCCCCUCCCAAAAGGCACACAGGAUGUUACCUUAUAUUGACUCAGACCCCUGGUUCAGCUAACGAUUGGAGGAUGGAUGGCGUUUAACAGAUUGGGGUUGAAUCAUGACAAGGCAGAUGUACUGUUUUGGGGGGACAUGGGCUGGCUAGACAUGGGGGACUCCUUGGUCCUGAACGGGGUAACUGUGCCCCUGAAGGACCAGGUGCGCAGCCUGGGAGUCAUUUGUCACAGCUGUCCAUAGAGGUACAGCUCCAUUUGGUACGCCCACUGAGGCCCUACCUGUCCGCAAACUGUCUCGCCAGAGUGGUGCAUGCCCUGGUUAUCUCCCACUUGGACUACUGCAAUGCACUCUACGUGGGGGCUACCUUUGAAGGUGACCCAGAAACUAUACCAGUUCCAGAAUGUGGCUUCCAGUAUGUUUCUGAGCGCAUUUCAAAGUGUUGGUACUUUGGCCUUGGUCCAACAUACCUGAAGGACUGCCUCCACUCUCAUUGCUCAAACUGGACACUGAGGGCCUUAUCGGCAGUGGCGCCCUCCCAUCAGAUGUCAAGGAGAUUACACAACUUUUAGAAGGAAGCCCUGUAUCAGGAAGUUUUAUAUGUUUGAUGUUUUACUGUGUUUUUAGAUGUAUUGUAAGCCGCCCAGAGUGGCUGGGGAAACCCAGCUAGAUGGGCAAGGUAUUAUUACUACUACUACCACUACUACCACUACUACCGUAUUGUCUAUACUAUCAUGUAGAAGCUCUCUAAGCUUUUCAGAAAAGGGUGUUGUUGUUUUUACCAGCAUGACCCUUUCCCUAAAAAAAUAGGUAAGAUUCUAGUUCUCAUAGUUCUGAAUACAGUGGUACCUCGCAAGACGAAUGCCUCGCAAGACGAAAAACUCGCAAGACGAAAGAGUUUUUCGUUUUUUGAGUUGCUUCGCAAGACGAAUUGCCCUAUGGGCUUGCUUCGCAAGACGAAAAACGAAAACGUCUUGCAAGUUUGUUUCCUUUUUCUUAAAACCGUUAAUACCCUAUGGGAAACCGUGCUUUGCAAGACGAAAAAAUCGCAAGACGAAAAAACUCGCAGAACGAAUUAAUUUCGUCUUGCGAGGCACCACUGUAUAAAGGGCUGAAUUAAAUAGGAAUGCCAGAAGUUGCCUGAGUCACAUCUUUGGUCCAUCUAGCUCAGUAUUGUCAAUAGUGAUCGGUAGCAGCAGUUCAGGGUUUCAGGCAGGGAACCUUCCCAGCCUUACCUAGACAUGCCUUUGGGGAUUGAACCUGGGACCAUUCUACGUGUAAAACAGGUGUUCUGCCACUGAGCUACAGCACAAGAAGACAGAUUCCAUGCUCCAAGGAUCUCUCACUGCAUCUCUUAAGGGACAGAGAACCAACCCAACCUUUCCACCACUUGGUAAUACUUAGCAAUUUGGCUUCCCUUAAUGCUGCACAUACCAUUUGGUGGCAAACAGUUUCCAGUUUCAGUAAUGUGUAAAGGUCUGCCGCAUUUUUUCUUUUGCAUCUUUGCCUUGCAAAGGAUCUAGGCGUUCCAAGACGGAUCCCAAUAACUGCUGGGCUUUUUCCUUUCGUUCUAUUUUCAGAGUUGGAGAGCAUCAAUUACUCCUUUCAUUCCAGUAUACUUUUGGUGCAACCUGAGAGCUUUCUGCACUUGGCAUAAACUCACUUAUUUAGUCUGCAAAGAGCUUCCUGAAUCACUAAAUUAAGACUUCCAUCAUGCAGGCAGGACUGUUACCAUCUGCAUCUGCAACCUUUUUUCUUUCUCUCCCUCCCCAAGCUGCUAUUUUUUCUAAUUUUUUAAGCAUCCACUCUCUGAAGACAAAGCCAGCUCGUUGGUGGGCUUUUUGUUCUGUUCUGUUUUGUUUCUGCAUAUAGUAGGUUUGAACAAAGGCAUUGGUAUUACUGCUGUGUUGAGCCCCCUCCUCACCAAAUGGGUCAACAUGGCUGGCUGCAUGCUUAAUUAAGUAUUGAUUUCUCUCCCUUCCUUGCCUCCCAAACCUUUGCUCUGAAGGUUGCCUUGAAGAGAAAUAUGGCUGGCCACUAUGAGAACAGGAUGUUGGACGAGAUGGACCAUUGGCCUGAUCCACCUGGCUCUUCUUAUGUUCUUAGUCUGUUGUACUAGUGUAGAAGGAAGUCUAGAAGCAGUUCGCUUGCCCACCUCUCUUUAAGCUGGCUCCUCCCUAAAGCCUCAUCUGCACUAUACAUUUAAAGUGGUAUUUUCCCCAAGCCUACCUGGGGGUGCUGCCAGGGACUGGACCUAGGAGUUUUUUCCUGAAAAGCAAGUGCUCUACUACAAGUGCCUUUUCCCUUAAAAGUCCUCAUACUCUGAAUAAACACUUGAAUUACAUAGGAAGCUACUUCAUAACUAGGACCUUCUACAUGCAAAGCAAAUGGUCUACCAUUGAGCUCCUUCCCUCUCCUUAAUAGCACAAAAACCUAUGUUUCAAUGUAUGUCGUUGAUUCCCUCCUGUGAAAUACUGACGGUCUGGAAACAUCCCUCAUCCUCAGUAGCUAGCUUAUAAGAAGCCAAGAAGCAGGGCUGGGUCCCAUCACCUGUUAUGGCUUCUUGGUUUUUGUUUUCUUGGAAAUAAUGUGUUGAUCUCAUUAGCUCUAUGACAACAAAGGAUGCAAGUUGGAGAGCCAUGGCUACGGUGGAUAAAUUAACAAGUUCCCCUGCUUCUCCACCCUGAACAAGAUGCUUCCUGUUUUCUAGUGUGGUUUUGUUUUCUUAGGAACACUAGAGAGUGAUUUCUCGAGGGCAGAUCUUAGUUAGCCGCAGCAGUGUCAUGGCAGGAUCUCCCAGAAGAUAUUUCUGUGGUCCAAGAGUUAAAGAACUGUUUGAAUCAAGAGCAUAUUUGCCUGCAGAGGAAGACUUGCUUGGCUGAACAUCAGAGCUUUUCUGGAUCAGUACAGCUGCCCCUUCCUCUCCCCCAUGGCUAACCAGAUCUCAAGUGAAUUUUAGACCUUCGUUUUCAGCAGUCAUCGUUUUCAUGCAUUAUAACUGCUCCAUUGCUGUUUAAUAAUGGUUACUCGAAGCAUCCGAGCAAAAAUUCACUUAAUGCCUUGCUUAAUGUGGGAUCUGGUGAAAUCUCUGCAGUUGUGACAAAGUUAUUCACACUUAAUUUUUUUUAAAAAGCCUAUACACUGCUUGAUUGUAAAGAAACCAAAGAUUGUAAAGAAAAGCAAUUUACAAAAAAAGAUAAAACAAUAAAAUUGUUGGUGAAAAACACACAACCCCCCACCAAAAUUUGUUAACACCUUCAAUAAAUUAAAAACAGCAAUAAACUAAAAAUGGGUAAAUCAUGCAACAGCAUUCUAGCUACCCGGGUAUGUUUUGUUUAUGGGAAUGUAAGAAUGCCAACCAUCCGAUUGCAGGAUAUUACUUCGUAAGCUGUAAAUGCUUACCCUAAAAACAUGCCAGUUUUUGGAUAGAACGAACUAUGGCCAUUGAUAGUAGUUUUAAUCACAAUAAAGUCAACUUUUGCAAGUGUCAGUCGAAUGGCUAAGCUGGCAUUUUGCCAACGGGGAGGUCACUGUAGGGACUGACUGGCAGGAGAUGGAACCUCAGAUCAUUACUGAUGCAUAGGGCAAAGGUAUUAUGUAUUCAGCGCCUGCCCAUCAGAGAGAAGCUGUCCUAGUCACUCAGAACAACUGCUUGCAUGGUCACCUUCUGACGAACUGCCAGGUCUGCCUCCAGAAAGUGGUAACUGAGUGUUGGAGCAUAAGGCUCAAGCCUUUCUGAAGUCCAGUUACAAGUCACAAUGCAGCAUCACAAUAUGCCCAACAAAACAAAAAGCUGUACAGAGUUUGUUCAUUAUACAAGUUAAGGAUUAAAAGCACCCAUUGUUUGGGGUUUUCUUAUAAAUCCCAUGACUGCUUGUGCCGGCUUUGCAGCUCCCCGUUUGGGAAAUGCUUCUGCAGAAGCAUGGCAAUUCUUAGCCCUACAGUGCACCUGGAUAAACUGAAACAACUCACAUAUGGGGAGCAUAGCGACAGAGUGUUAGGAGACAUCUGUACCAAGCAUGUGUCUGCCACUAGAUUAUGGGCUCUAAAGUGUCUUGCGCCUUCCUGAUAUUUACUUAUUCAUUGCAUUUAUAUCUCACAUUUCUUUCUCUCGGGAUCUUGAGGUGGCAAGCGUAGUUCUCCCCAUUUUAUAUUCCCAACAACCCUGUGAAGUAGUCCAGGGAAAGCAUUGGAAGUCCCCUGCCCCCCCACAAAAAAUCCCAUGGGUUCAGUUUGGAUGGCCAAAAUGAUCCAGGCCCCCAAACAGGACAUCUUUAUUAAAAGCAUUGCUAUGUGUUGUGACCCAUAGAACCAGUUGUAGAGUUGGAAAGGAUCCCAAGGGAUCAUCUAGUCCAACCCCCUGAAGUGCAGGAAUCUUUUGCCCAAGUCUUUCAAACAGCAGUAUUUAUACACUUAUUCAAGCGAAGAAUAAGCCAAUGGGCAGUUAUGUCCAUAUAUGACAAUCUUUCAUAUAUGGCAAAGGGGUUGUUAGGUCCAUAUUUAUUCUGCUGGCUUAUACUGGUUUAAUCAUGAGGCAUAGCAAUUUCCUUUUCCUUCUUUCCCUCCUGCUUCCUCAACAGCUAUAGCAAUAACUCCAGUAUACAUGCCAUUCCACCCUUCUCUCAGGGUUGUCUUGCAAACACAGGCUUUACAUUCUAAAUGUCAAUCGCUCAGCCCUUCUCCCAGUUACAGUACAGUGGUACCUCUGGAUACGAAUGGGAUCCAUUCUGGAUCCCUGUUCGCAUCCUGAAGUGAACGCAACCUGCGAUUCACCACUUCCGCGCAUGUGUGUGACAUCAUUUUGACUGUCUGCGCAUGCGCGAACGGCAAAACCCGGAAGUAACGCGCUCCGUUACAUCCGGGUCGCUGCGGAACGCAACCCAAAAGCUCUCAACCUGAAGCGUAUUUAACCCGAGGUAUGACUGUAGUUGUAAACGGAUUUAGAAGCCACUUAGGCAUUUAUUUAUUUUGUUUAUUUACUAGAUUUUAUAUAACGCCCUUCAUCAUAAGAUCUCAGGGAAGAAUGCUUUAUAUAAAUUGAUGAUUAUGAUGAUGAUGAUGAUAACAACUUUUCUCCUUUUUCCUCUCCCAGAUUGAGAACCUCCCAGCGGAGCUCUUCCAGUGCAGGAAGCUUCGGACUUUGAACCUGGGCAACAACGUCCUGCAGUCGCUGCCUUCCCGAGUGGGUGAGCUGACGAAGCUGUCUCAGAUUGAACUGCGGGGGAACCGCCUGGAGUGCCUGCCGGUGGAGCUGGGCGAUUGCCCCUUGCUGAAGCGCAGCGGGCUGGUGGUGGAGGAGGACCUCCUUAACACUUUGCCACUGGAAGUCAAGGAACGGCUAUGGAGGGCUGACAAGGAGCAAGCCUGA